AUGGCUCCACAACCGUCCCCAAAGGUUGAUAAAUCUAAAGAAGUCGCUAAAGAGGUCGAAACUGUGAAGAAAAACAAAGGGGUGUUGUUGAAACCCUCGAAAGUAAAAUGGCAACCGAAUUUGGGUGUGGUGACAAAAGAAACAGGGCAUGCGGUCUCUUCUUCGGGACUGACUGAUCGGGAAAAAUCUCAGAUUCCAGAUGAUGUGUCUGAUAAUGGUGCAGAAAAGGAGAAAAGAGGAACACGUUCUGAAAUUGAUGGUGAUCUUCACCGAAGGAUCAAAACAGCUUGCUAUUUUGGAACAACACACUGUCUCUGA